AUGGAGUCGAGUGAAUUACAUACUAAUCUGAAUCUCGAUCUAACACCUGACGAUAUAUACGCCAUUACUGAAAACCGUCUGAUAUUCAUCUGCGGGCCCCGAGAUUUGGUUCUGAAUGACACGCUACAACGUCACCUUGACAACCUCAAUGACCUUGACCAAAUGCAAGCUCUUCCAUGGACUCCAACAACUCCGUUGACGCAAGAAAUAGCUAAGAUAGGGCAUGGAUUGGGUGUGUUUUUCUUGAACAGAAGAGGCAUGUACCUACCUCUUCAAGGCUGUGGAAGCCGUCCCUCACCACUUUUUGCUGUGGAUAAUGAGGUGACAGUGGACCCCGUCACAGGGACCCGUUCAUGCGUGGCGGAUCCUAUGUCUAAAUCACGUAUCGGAUUUGUUUGCGAAGGAAGAAUUGAACCUAAUGAUUGCAUGAGAUCACUCAUUGGCCAUAAUGGAAAAGUUGUGACCACCCCCGAACCCUAUUCUUACAGUGAUAAUGACAACUAUAACCCUUGGGUAGUAGCGCGGUACUUUAAUGACUUGGCAUUGCCGCCCUUCAGCGGCGAAUGCAGAUGCAUAGACGCGCAGACAGGUCAGGUAAAGGCCAGGAUGGAAAUCCAUUCGAAAACCGACCACGUAUGUGACAUUUCCAGCCUGAUAGAACGCAACCGUGCAAGUCCUAUCAGUGGUACUUGGUGUUCGGUCGUACUCCAUCCGGGCAGCACCUUGACCAUAAGGUUCCCAACAGAUGGUGUUGAAGAGAACUCCGAUAAGCGCAUCCCGUCUACCCUACGCUCGCAAAAAUCGCAUAUCUAUGAAUACGAAACCGAAUUCCUGCCGAAGGACUUGACCAUCCUGCGACAACUGAGAACAUACGAGGGAUUUGAUCUUUACGACGAAGUACCAUACCUCAAAGCGAUUGCUGGCGAUGCCCUUGAAUUGGAUGCUUCUAGAAUGUCACAGGGAGAGGUUAUACUGAGGUAUAAUCUGGACAAACCUCUCGCGUUAAAAGGUGGAUCAAACUCAUUCUUUUAUCAUUGGACAUUGAAAUCUAGGGACGAAAAUAUUCCGGAUGUGAUGCACGCCGUUGUUAAUGUCGCCUUUGCGUUUACCCACGACUUCGAAAUCAUUGGUUUCGACCGAGGGCCACAAAGUGUGUUUGAUCAAUAUAUCAGCGACGAAUAUUGUCCAACCGAACGGAUGGGAAAUGGUAUUGGACUAACGUACGAAUGCACAUAUCCAAUAAACUCAUCUCUUGGUUGGGCUGGUAUUAACUGCAGGCCCGAUGAGCAGCUGUUACCGGGUAACUGUCAGUCUGAAGGAUACGACCUCUCCUCCAAUAAGAUUAAACCACUCCCUGAAUCUGUGAAUAAUGCAUCGCCUUACCCCAUUAGAGGGUUUCAGGUGUUCGAUUUCGGUGUGCAAAAAAUCCCUGUUAGUUAUGCCUGUAUCUGUGUCGACGAAAGGGGGUACGAGACUUCUAGGCUUAUUUUGGAGCACAUCCAUACAGCAACUUAUAUCUACAAAGUGUCUCUAGAAGCGGAGUCUGGUACGUUGCUUCCUUACGUUUUGCUACCUUGGCGUGACGCCGGAGUAUUAGAUGAAGGACUGGCCCCAUCAAAGUCGUUUCUGCUAAAUAACAUAUCCAAAAGGUCCGUGAAACUACCGCUAGGGAGCACGAUGUCGAUUAGUUGCGCUCUUGAUCCCGACUUGCAGAGCUUUGCAAAAUAUGGCAUGAUCCCAACGACAUGGAUGCCAGACAAUCCUGAAGAAUUCUAUUAUACCAUCAAAGAUACGCCAAAUGGGCCUGAGCUUAUUCGUGAAAAAUACGAACAUUCAAUAGGUACUACCCCGGAUGGCUUUAGAGUUGAAUACAAUGACUCACACUUGGAAAUAUAUCAACAGUUAACGAUAGAGUCGCACCAAGGGGCCAUCUUGGUUUCCAAAGACCCACUGCUCAAUGAAAACGUGCCUAUUACGUUCGUAUGCGGCAGAGUACUCGAACCAUCGGAUUUGUCCAUCAUCACCGGUGAUGCAUUAGCUUCAGGAGCAUCUGCCCUAUCCAAUCUUCAGACCAUUGGAUCCUCGGCGCAAUACACGUGGCACGUUGUUGAGGUUAACGUCGAGACCACGGACCCGUAUAUGCAGGGCUGCGGCGUUACGUACUCUUCAGAUGCGUUAUUCAAGCCAGAGACGCCCCAACUCUACGACGGUGAUGGGCAACCUCAGUUCGGUUGCAAGAUAGACCUCCAAGCUGCUAAGGAAGCGGCGUUCUACUGCCCAGCACCGUACGUCCUGGACCCACCCAACUGCUUCAGCCAGGUCUCUGUGGGCGGUGCUGUCAAAGACAUAAACGACAUCAGCGAGUCAUUGGUAUCGUCUUGGUCUAACCACUUCGUAAUUCUGAGUUUUGAUGGUUCUCUGGUAGGACCUGGUGAGACGUUGCGCCAAACGCCUCCGUUGGAGUGCCGCUGCGUGACCACCAAGGGUAUCGUUCUCUCAACCAUACAGAUAGAGAACUACUACGCCAAGUAA